GUGUGCGAAUUAGCUAAAAAUAGCUUCAGCUUCACGUUUUGAGUUUGAGUGUUUUGAGUUAUGAGUUUGAGACGUUCUUCGAGAUUUGAGUACAUAUUGAGUGUUUUUGGUUUUGUUUGAGUCUUUCUUUAUUUAGUCUAGUCUUGAGUUGAGUUUUGAUGAGUUCUGAUUUGGACAUUUGGAUUUGAUUGAGUUUAUACCUUUACCUUUACUGUGGUUUAUACUUACUCCUCCUAUAUACCUAUUAUAGAUGAUUAAAAGUUGAGAAAAAGCAUAAAAACGGGGUAUACAUAUUCCACAAUAAAAUACAUAAAAGGAGUCCGAAGCCGAAGUUUAAAGUAAAGCAAAGACAUCUAUUAUUUACUGAACGUGUGUACUAUUUCUGCUUCGUUUACGUUUAAGCAUUAAACAGUGUUAUAAAUAUCAUACUUAAAAUCAAAUUAAUAUGGAAAUAAAACAAGAAGCUAGUGAGGAAACUUGUAAAAUAAGAGUAGAGGACACAUGUGUUGGUAGUUCCUUUGAUGUCUGCAAAAUUGAAAUUAUUGAAGAACCCAAGAGAGAACCUGUAUAUGAUGCAUUUGAUUAUUUAGACUCAAAUGAAUUUUCCAUAGACACUAAAGUAGAACAAGAUGAAUAUAAAUUUUCACUGGUUGAAGAAAAGCAAACAACAAAUGAAGAAAGUUGUCCCCAGGAGGGGAACAAAAAUAACAUUAUGGAAACGUCACAUUCAUCUCAUAAAGGAAAAUAUAAUACAUGUCAAUAUGUUGAAGGAAAAAUAUUAAAUAAAAGUAUGAACGUUGGGUCUGAAAACAGACCUUACAAAUGUGAAAUUUGUUUCAAGCAAUUUACUAGAAAGGGUAUUUUGAAAACUCAUUUGAGAGUACACACUGGAGAAAAACCGUACAAGUGUGAAACUUGUUUUAAACAGUUUGGCGAAGAAAGUAAUUUGAAAAAACAUUUGAGAGUACACACUGGAGAAAAACCGUACAAGUGUGAACUUUGUUUUAAGCAGUUUAGAGAAGUAAGUAAUUUGAAAAAACAUUUGAAAGUGCACACAGGAGAAAAACCGCACAAGUGUGAAAUUUGUUUUAAACACUUUGGUAAAGUAGAUACUUUGAAAAAACAUUUAAAAGUGCAUACUGGAGAAAAACCGUACAAGUGUGGAACUUGUUUUAAACAAUUUGGUCAAGCAGGUACUUUGAAAAAACAUUUGAGAGUGCACACUGGAGAAAAACCGUACAAGUGUGAAACUUGUUUCAAACAUUUUAGUGAAGCAAGCAGUUUGAAAAUUCAUUUGAGAUUGCACACGGGAGAAAAACCUUACAAGUGUGAAAUUUGUUUAAAGCAAUUUAAUACAACAUCUCAUUUAAAAGUACAUUUGAGAGUGCACACUGGAGAAAAACCAUACAAGUGUGAAAUUUGUUUUAAUCAGUUUGGUGAAGCAGGUACAUUGAAGUCACAUUUGAGGACUCACACUGAAGAAAAACCGUACAAGUGUGCAAUUUGUUCAAAGCAAUUUACUACAAAAUGUAACUUGACAUUACACUUGAGAGUGCACACUGGAGAAAAACCAUUAAAGUGUGGAACUUGUUUUAAACAAUUUGGUCAAGCAGGUACUUUGAAAAAACAUUUGAGAGUAUACACUGGAGAAAAACCGUACAAGUGUGAAAUUUGUUUUAAACAGUUUUGUAAAACAGCUAGUUUGAAAAAUCAUUUGAGAACGUACACUGGAGAAAAACUGAAAUGAAACUUUAGUGAUUGUGAAAUUUGUUUAAAGCAAUUUAAUUAAUUUCAUUUAAAAUUACAUUUGCGAACACAUGUUGGAGAAAAAUUUUAAAUUAUAAAUAUAUGAAA